AUGCAAUUGAAGAAGAUUCUUGUGGCCAACCGUGGUGAAAUUCGGUAUGUCGAUCUACUGAUCAGAGGCAAUCACGCAUUGUGCGAACGGACCUGCUUACACGAAGUUCUCUUUCAGAUCUUUAGAACCGCUCAUGAGCUUUCACUGCACACCAUUGCUGUCUUCAGUUAUGAGGACCGUCUCAGCAUGCACAGGCAAAAGGCCGACGAGGCGUACGUCAUUGGCAAGCGUGGCCAGUACACCCCCGUCGGAGCCUACCUCGCCGGCGACGAGAUCAUCAAGAUCGCGGUUGAGCACGGCGCGCAAAUGAUCCACCCUGGCUACGGUUUCCUCUCCGAGAACGCCGGGUUCGCUCGCAAUGUCGAGAAAGCUGGUCUUAUCCUCGCCAUCGCCGCCGAUGUCCCCGUCGUUCCUGGUACCGAGGGUGCCGUAGCAACCUUCGAGGAGGUCAAGACCUUCACCGAUCAAUAUGGCUUCCCCAUCAUCAUCAAGGCUGCCUACGGCGGUGGUGGUCGUGGCAUGCGUGUCGUUCGCGAGCAGGAGAGCCUGAAGGAGUCUUUCGAGCGAGCUACCUCCGAGGCCAAGUCCGCUUUCGGCAACGGAACCGUCUUUGUCGAGCGCUUCCUCGACAAGCCCAAGCACAUCGAGGUUCAGCUGCUUGGUGACAACCAUGGCAACAUUGUCCACCUGUACGAGCGUGACUGCUCGGUCCAGCGCCGCCAUCAGAAGGUCGUCGAGAUCGCUCCCGCCAAGGACCUCCCCGUUGAGACCCGCGACGCCAUCCUGGCUGACGCCGUCAAGCUGGCCAAGUCGGUCAACUACCGCAACGCCGGUACCGCUGAGUUCCUUGUCGACCAGCAGAACCGCUACUACUUCAUCGAGAUCAACCCCCGUAUCCAGGUUGAGCACACCAUCACUGAGGAGAUCACUGGCAUCGACAUUGUCGCCGCUCAGAUCCAGAUCGCUGCCGGCGCCACCCUGGAGCAGCUCGGUCUCACCCAGGACCGCAUCUCCACCCGCGGCUUUGCCAUUCAGUGCCGUAUCACCACCGAGGACCCGGCCAAGGGAUUCCAGCCCGAUACUGGCAAGCUCGAGGUGUACCGCUCUGCCGGUGGCAAUGGUGUCCGUCUCGAUGGUGGCAACGGUUUUGCCGGCGCCGUCAUCACUCCCUACUACGACUCCAUGUUGGUCAAGUGCACCUGCCAAGGUUCCACAUACGAGAUUGCGCGCAGGAAGAUGCUGCGUGCCCUGCCUAUUCUCCUCAACCCCGACGGUUCCAAACUUGACACCUCUGCCCCCGCCACCAAGGGCUGGAGGCAGAUUCUUCUUGACCAGGGCCCCAAGGCCUUUGCCAAGGCUGUCCGCGAGUACAAGGGCUGCCUGCUCAUGGACACCACCUGGCGUGAUGCCCACCAGUCUCUGCUGGCCACUCGCGUCCGCACUGUCGAUCUCCUGAACAUUGCCCACGAGACCAGCCAUGCUCUCUCCAACCUCUACUCGCUCGAGUGCUGGGGUGGUGCCACCUUUGAUGUGGCCAUGCGCUUCCUCUACGAGGACCCUUGGGACAGGCUGCGCCGCAUGAGGAAGCUCGUGCCCAACAUCCCCUUCCAAAUGUUGCUUCGCGGUGCCAACGGUGUCGCCUACUCUUCUCUUCCCGACAAUGCCAUCGAGCAGUUUGUCGACCAGGCCAAGAAGUGCGGUGUUGACAUCUUCCGCGUCUUUGACGCUCUCAACGACGUCAGCCAGAUCGAGGUUGGUGUCAAGGCCGUUCACAAGGCUGGUGGUGUUGUUGAAGCUGUGGCUUGCUACUCAGGAGACAUGCUGAUGCUGAACGCUCACCUGGCAACGAAGAAGCACCUCAGUAAGAACCCCAACAAGAAGUACAACCUGCAGUACUACCUUGAUCUUGUUGACAAGCUCGUUGCCCUUGACAUUCAUGUCCUCGGCAUCAAGGACAUGGCUGGAGUUCUCAAGCCCCAUGCGGCUACUCUGCUCAUCGGUGCCAUCCGCGAGAAAUACCCUGACCUUCCCAUCCACGUCCACACCCACGACUCGGCCGGUACCGGUGUCGCUUCGAUGGUCGCUUGCGCCAAGGCUGGCGCCGAUGCUGUUGAUGCCGCCACCGACAGUCUGUCAGGCAUGACCUCGCAGCCCAGCAUCAAUGCCAUCCUCGCCUCCCUUGAGGGCAGUGACCUCGACCCUGGCCUGAACCCUGCCCACGUUCGCGCCCUUGACACCUACUGGUCUCAGCUUCGUCUCCUGUACUCCCCCUUCGAGGCCCACCUUGCUGGCCCCGAUCCCGAGGUGUACGAGCACGAGAUCCCCGGCGGUCAACUCACCAACAUGAUGUUCCAGGCCCAGCAGCUUGGCCUCGGCACUCAGUGGGCCGAGACCAAGAAGGCCUACGAGCACGCCAACGACCUUCUCGGCGACAUUGUCAAGGUUACGCCCACCUCCAAGGUUGUCGGUGAUCUUGCGCAGUUCAUGGUCUCGAACAAACUCUCUCCCGAGGAUGUCAAGGCUCGCGCCGGCGAGCUCGAUUUCCCUGGCUCCGUGCUUGAGUUCCUCGAAGGCAUGAUGGGUCAGCCGUUCGGCGGUUUCCCCGAGCCGCUCCGCUCCGAUGCUCUGCGUGGUCGCCGAAAGCUUGACGCUCGUCCUGGUCUGUCCCUGGAGCCUGUGGACUUUGUCAAGGUCAAGCGCGAGCUGGGUAAGAAGUUUGGCGGUCCCGUCACGGAGACGGACAUUGCGUCCUACGUCAUGUACCCCAAGGUCUUCGAAGACUACAAGAAGUUUGUCCAGAGGUUCGGAGACCUGUCCGUUCUGCCUACCAAGUACUUCCUGUCAAAGCCAGAGAUUGGCGAGGAAUUCCACGUCGAGCUGGAGAAGGGCAAGGUCCUCAUCCUCAAGCUGCUCGCAGUUGGGCCCCUCAGCGAGAACACUGGCCAGCGUGAGGUGUUCUACGAGAUGAACGGUGAGGUCCGCCAGGUCACUGUCGACGACAACAAGGCCUCGGUUGAGAACGUCACGCGCCCCAAGGCCGACCUCAGCGACUCAAGCCAGGGCUCGGAUGUCAAGAAGGGUGACCCUAUUGCUGUGCUUAGCGCCAUGAAGAUGGAAAUGGUCAUUUCGGCGCCGCACAACGGCCAGGUUUCCAGCCUGCAGGUCAAGGAGGGCGACUCUGUCGAUGGUUCCGACCUGGUUUGCAAGAUUGUCAAGGCGUAG